AUGGCUAUGGAAGUGACGGCUCAGCUGGCUGAACAUCCGCUGCCAAGUCCCAAGGCUGAGCUGAAACCUGAGAAGAAAGGCCACAGGCCCCAGAGCCAAGGGGACGGAGGGCCGCAGAGAGAGCUGGUGAUCCCAGGCAUCGUGGAUUUUGAGCUAACCCCAGAGCCGGUGACAACCUCCAAGCCCCAAACCCCGGGCUCCUACCGUUUUGGCCAGCUGAGCCACCAUUCCUUCUUCUCCCGACACCACCCUCAUCCCCAGCACGUGACCCACAUCCAAGAUCUCACUGGGAAGCCUGUUUGUGUCGUCAAAGACGAGUUCUCUCAGAUGCCCUUGCCUGAGUCCAUGCCCGUAUCUCACUGUCUGCUGGGGAUGCCCACCAUCUCUGCCCCCAUUGGAGACCCCCAGUCCAACCGGAACCCCCAGCUUCCUUCUGAGGCCUGGAAGAGGGAGCUGAAGGAGCUAUCUUCCCGGGUGGCCACUUUCACCAAGGAGAAUGAGCUGAAGACCAAAGAGUUGCUUGUGUCCCAGCAGAAGGAAGAGCCUCUGCGGGAACAGGGGGCCAUGUAUUCAGCUGACACUGGGAGGCUCAUCCCGGCUUCCGUGCGUGCUGUUGGCCGUCGCAGCUCCCGCCAGCGGAGCCGUCCUGUGGGCAGAGAUGGAGGAAGACAGAGCUUCCUCCUGCAGGAUCAAGAUCUGCUGGUCCUGGAGCUGCUUUGUCAGAUCUUGCAGACAGACUCACUGAGCGCUAUCCAGUUCUGGCUACUCUACGCUCCCCCCAAGGAGAAAGACCUGGCUCUAGGACUGCUGCAGACGGCAGUGGCCCAGCUCCUCCCUCAGCCUCUGGUCUCCAUUCCGGCAGAAAAACUGCUGCACCAGCUGCAAGAAGUCCAGGAGCCACCACCUCAGGAGAAGCAGCAGCUGCCGCACUCCAGUCAGUCUUUAAAGAAGAUGAAGACGCCACCUCUACCAAAAAGCGAAAAGCCAGAGUACAUUGGGAAAGCCCAAGUCCUGCGGAUGCACUCAAGCAUGGGACCGGAAGAAAAGGUGGCAGAAGCAAAGGCAGGGAGCUGA